UACAAAUAAUUGAAAUACAGGUUUUUGGAUUGUGCAGUUUUUGCAUAUUUCCGGUAGUAUGGUGGCAAUCCUGAGUACUCAGCGAGUACGCCAUGAGCCGAUAUUAGCGAAAAGGGAGUGAAUUGUUUUCAGUUUUUAGUGCAAAAAUUAAUACAAUCCAAUGUCUUCAGCAGGAUCUAGUGGAUCUGGCCGUGGUCGAGGCGGUCAAGCAGCAGUCGGUGAUCAAAAAGAAACAAAAGAAUCAAAGCCUAACCCGAAAAUGUCAAAGGCCUUGGGCACAUCAGCAAAAAGAAUCCAAAAAGAGUUAGCAGAAAUCACGUUAGAUCCACCGCCAAAUUGCAGCGCCGGCCCCAAAGGAGAGAACUUCUACGAGUGGGUGUCGACGAUUUUGGGCCCCCCGGGGUCGGUAUACGAGGGCGGCGUCUUCUUCUUGGAUAUCCAUUUCUCGCCAGAGUAUCCCUUCAAACCACCUAAAGUUACAUUCAGGACAAGAAUCUACCACUGCAAUAUUAACAGUCAGGGUGUUAUCUGUUUGGAUAUUUUAAAAGACAACUGGUCGCCCGCCCUCACUAUCUCCAAGGUUCUCUUAUCUAUCUGCUCCUUACUCACCGACUGCAAUCCAGCUGAUCCAUUGGUGGGAAGUAUAGCGACACAGUAUCUCCAGAACCGCGAAGAGCACGAUCGCAUCGCCCGGUUGUGGACCAAACGUUACGCUACGUGAUUGAAUUAUGUGUUAGCACUUCCGUCGAUGUUGCUCCCCUUCGCCAUAAUGGCAAAAUAUGGUCUUUUCAUCAUCUAUCAUGAAUUAUUUUAUUGUUUCUGUCUUCAGUGUUCAUGUGUUAUGUUUAUUAAAACAUCCACUACAUGUUUAGUUACAUAAAGAGUAGGAUACGAAAUUACUGUCUAAAAAAUAUACUCUUCUGGUAAUAAUACAUAAUAACGUAGUUAUAAUUAUGAAUGAGCAAACGUAAAAUUGGUGAUUUUUUUAACGUGGUGAGAAAUUACCCUCAGUGGCCAAACAGAAUUUCUUGAUGAUUUUUUAAGUAGUCAGUGUAUUUUAGGCACUAAGUGUUGAGUUCCUGGUGAUUAUUUUCUAUUAAAGUUUUGGACAAUAAAUGUUUUUUUCUCUUUCACUAGGUUUUUUUCACAUGGCGGGACAAAAGUAUUAAGCAUUAUUAUAAGAUCUUGUUCUUCAUAUCAAGCCGGUUUUUUAAGUGUAAUUUAUUGUGUACUGGAUUUUUUUGCAGAUAGGUUCCUGCAAUUUGUGCAAUUAUUAUAACAUGUAGGUUGCCUCAGCAAACUACAAACAUUUGAAUGGAAAUGUCAUAUUGGUGCAGUUUCCUUCCCAAUCCGCUUGUGUAAAGUAUACUUUUUUUACUAAAUUAAGAGAAUAUGGACUAUUCUUCUAGGAGUCGAGUACUGUUUAGUUUUAAUUGUAACAAUAAAGUUUUAGUAUGUAACCGA